CAAAUAUCCUGGUAUCCGCUCUAUGCACCACCCUCCCCUUAAAGCUCUAUCAGCUCCUUCAAUGGCUUCCUCUUUAACUACCCCACCAACGCUCUAAAACCUCCAAACCCCUCAGUUGCCAUACAUACCCACAUGCCCUUACACAUGUCUCACUUCAAAACCUUCAUUUCCCACCACUUCCACACCCUCCUCAAACCCCAAAACCCUCUCCACCGUUCUCACAUCACCAAUUCCUACUUUUCACACAAAUCUCUUCCGCUUUCGUAUCUCUUUUACGGCACCAAAACGUCUUCAAUCCAAAUCGACGACCAAAUCGGACCUGACAACGGGAAUGGGAAGCAAGUAAACAAGAAGCCAUUGGAUGUUAUGUUCAAAGAAGCCGUGAGUGUGACGUUAUGCGAAAAUGCUGAAAACAGCGAAAGCGAAGGAGAAAACAGUGAGUUGAAGAGCAGGUUGAGGGAAUUGGAGAGAGAGGUUAGACGGCUGAAAGCGAAUUCAAGUGCAAAGGAGAGUGCGGCAAAGAAGGAAUUGAAGAAAAGUAAGUUAUAUGCAGCGUUUACGAAUCAAGAGGGUUGCAAGGAAGGGUGCGAGGAGAGGAGGGAAGAGCCAGAAGAGAGUGUGGAAAAGAAGGGAUUGAAGAAAAGUAAGGGUAAGAGUUUAUAUGCAGCGUUUACGAAUCAAGAGGGUUGCAAGGAAGGGUGCAAGAAGAGGAGGGAAGAGCCAGAGGUUUAUAAAGAGCUCUCGCCAGAUAUGGAAGUGUUUGCAAAUCAUUUGUACAAGGAAGGGUACUUUAACGAUGCGAAUUUCUUGCGGGCGAAUAAGUUGGAAUUUGGUUAUUUUGAGAGUCAUUAUGGCCGGGGUUUUAUGAAGUUUGCCGCCGAGAAGUUUGGCAAGGACCAUCAAGAAAUUGCGAAAUGGUUGUCAGGCAGUGACUUGAAAAAGAUAGCCCUCUUUGGUUGUCCUUCUCUUGAAAAAAAGAAUGUUUUUGCUGCUAAAAAACUGCGGAAAUUUUUUGAGAUUCAGGAAAACACUGUUUGUAGCAAAUGUGUCCUAAAACAAUCAUGCAAGUUUGUGAAUCAGAGUGUGUGGAAAGGUGACACCAAGAAUUUAAAUUUGGCUGUUGUUAUGAGGGUUCUCAUUUUGUACGCUUUGGAAUGGGUCUCUGUAGAGCUAGCAGUGCCCAUUGAUAUAAAGGCUUCUGUCAAUAAACUGCUGAAGGAGGUUUUGAAGCUAAGUCAAAGUACGGUAGCUGAGCAUACUUCUAGGAUUUGAACGUCGUUCCGGUUAGGAUGAGCAGAAUUAACAGGAGUGAAACUUCUCUUGGGGAUUAAAGAAGUUAAUAUGGUGAGCAUGCACUUGUCCAAAUAAUUCAUUUUUGAAGAUGAUAUAUGAUGGUGGAUGGUCUAAUUGUUUGUUGAAAAUUGGCUCGGCCUGGUGGGAGAGAGUUCAAGUUUGCAAGGAUUAGGGUUGGCAGAUUCUAUUACUUUCUGUCCAAUAUUUAAUUGAUAAGCGUAGAUGUUCAGGAUGGUUGAAUAGUUUAUUCGUUGUUUUUCCAAGUCAAAAUGCUUGAUUUGAUCCAGAUAGAGAGGGCUGUUAUGGUGUUGUGGGUUGGUUUCGUUGUUGUCCAAUAAUAAUCUUUCUUUCUAUGUUUCUUUUAUAA